AUGACCGUCGAAUUCACCUCGCACACGCUCAUCCCCAGCACGUCGUUGUCGCUGAGCACGUCGAGUCGGAAACGCCUUCUGAGAGACUUCCGCAGCAUCGUAGAAAGCCAGCCCGAAGGCGUCAACGCGACGCCCUGCGACAACAACUUGCUCGAGUGGGAGGCGCUAGUGUUUGGCCCGGACGACACGUGCUGGGAGGGUGGCGUGUUCAUGCUGUCGAUGAGUUUCCCGCACGACUACCCAGACACGCCGCCGACGAUCAAGUUUCUCACGAAAAUCUACCACCCAAACGUGUACGCGGACGGCUCGAUCUGUUUGGACAUUUUGCAAAAAGAGUGGAGCCCCGUGUACGACGUUUCGGGGAUUUUAAUCUCGAUCCGCUCGCUGCUAGACGACCCGAACCCAGAGUCGCCCGCGAACGCCGAAGCGGCGCGCACCUUUGUCAGCAACCGCCGCGAGUACCAGCGCCUCGUGCAGAAGUGCGUGCAGGCGAGCCUCGAGGCGGCGUCCUAG